AUGACCAUCAACAACACAACCUACGGCUUCAUCGGCCUUGGGCAAAUGGGCCACGGCAUGGCCAAGAACCUCCGCCUGAAAAUCCCAAGCACAUGCAAACUCUUCAUCUACGACGUGAACAUCGACGCGAUGAAGACUUUCAAGCAGGAGUUCGCGGACGCGGACAACGUCGUCAUCGCUACCUCUCCGAAGGAGAUUGGCCAGAUCGCUGACAUUGUUCUUACCUCAGUGCCCAAGGCCCAACAUGUGCGCGAGGUGUUCCUCAAUCCCGACACCGGGCUUCUCGCCGGAGGGAAGAAAUCCCCAGGGCCAGUGUCAAGGCUGUAUCUAGAGCUGAGCACGAUCGAUGCGGCGGUCUCGAGUGAGAUCGGGCAGCGAGUUCUGGACGGGGGAUUUGGCGAGUUUGUAGACGCUCCCUGCUCGGGAGGGUCGAUGGGUGCUGAAAAGGGCAUUCUUUCAUUCAUGGUCGGGUGUGCAGAGGGCCUGUACCCGCGCGUGCUCUCCAUACUCUCGCACAUGGGUAAAAACGACGGCAUCUUUCAUUGCGGCGAGGCCGGUACCGGGCUAAAGACAAAGCUGCUCAACAACUACCUGUCGUCCAUCACGACCGUGGCGACGGCGGAGACAAUCAACAUGGGGAUCCGGGCGGGGCUGGACGCGCACCGGCUCAACGAGGUGCUGAACGCAAGCUCUGGGAUGAGUUUCAACACCAAGGUGAAUAACCCGGUGCCGGGGCUGACACCGGGUAAUCCGGCGAGUAACGGGUACAAGCCUGGGUUUGCGAUUGAGAUGUGUUUGGGGGUGUUGGAGUUGGCGGUUAAGGCGGGACAAGAGUUGGGGGUGAAGAUGGUGGUUGGGGGGCCGACAUUGGAGGCUUAUAGGAUCGCGGCUGGGUUGGAGAAGUUUAAGGGGAAGGAUGCAAAGGUCAUCUAUCGGUGGAUAGCUGAAGAUGAAGGGGAACUGGCUGCAAAUGGGGUGCAUUAG